CAAAAAAAAGCAAACAUUUCAAAGACACCUGAAGCUCUCGAUGCUUGUCAAACAUUAGAAGCUGCAGUGAAAAGGUUCUGAACAGAGACAGGUAGACAUAAAUUUGUUAUUUAUGAUACAAUUACAAGGAUAAAGCCAAGACAAGAGAAAAGGGAGUGCCAGAGGAGCCCCGUCGCCUGACCGCCGAGGAUGAGCGCGCAGGGCUUGUUCCGCUCCGCACCACGCAAGGCCGAGCCCCCCACCCAAACACCCCAGCGCUAGCGCAGCCCUGCUACGGCUCCCCGCCGGCCACAGCGCCCGCCACCAAUGCACUCGCUCUUACAGACAUGAGUUUAGAGCGGCGCCAGCCAGUGAGAGCUGACGGGCACGGAGGCGGAGCGUGUGAGGACCCAACCGAAGAACUGCCCGGCCCCGAGAGAAUGGGAACUAGGUUAAGCGUCGGUCUCCGGCGGCGUGCUCCACCCCAAUCGGAGCGUGGGCCCCCAUCGCUCUGUUCGGAUUGGUUAACGGCUGGAAGGCGGGCCUUAGCGUGCCCCUUCCUCCAGUGGGAAAGCGGCAGAGCGUAACAGGCGUUCCGAUCAGCCAAUUAUCGUCGGCGAGGUCUCCUACCACUCUCUCAUCGCAAAAUGGCGGCUCCGGCUCCCGCUGCGGCUCCGGCCUCUCCCGCGGCCGCCCCGGCUCCCAGCCCGACGGCGGCUCCCGCUACACCGACGGCGGGCGCGCCCCCCUCCGCAGCGCAACCCCCGCCCGCCGCCCCUGCGGCACCGCCACCCGCCGCGCCGCUGUCCGCCGCGCUCUCGGGUCCCUUCCCCGGCGGCCGCGUGGUGCGGCUGCACCCGGUCGUGCUCGCUUCCAUCGUGGACAGCUUCGAGCGGCGCAACGAGGGCGCGGCGCGGGUCAUCGGGACGCUGCUGGGGACCGUGGACAAGCACUCGGUGGAGGUCACUAACUGCUUCUCCGUCCCGCACAACGAGUCCGAGGAUGAGGUGGCCGUUGACAUGGAGUUCGCCAAAAACAUGUACGAGCUACACAAAAAGGUGUCUCCCAGCGAGAUCAUCUUGGGCUGGUACGCAACAGGUCACGACAUCACAGAACAUUCUGUCCUGAUCCACGAGUACUACAGCCGGGAAGCACACAAUCCUAUCCACCUCACUGUGGACACAAGUCUCCAGAAUUCACGCAUGAGCAUCAAAGCCUAUGUCAGUGCUCCCAUGGGAGUCCCUGGUAAAACUAUGGGCGUGAUGUUCACACCGCUGACAGUGAAGUAUGUUUAUUACGAUACGGAGCGGAUAGGAGUGGAUCUCAUCAUGAAGACCUGCUUUAGCCCUAAUCGAGUGAUCGGCUUGUCCAGUGACUUACAGCAGGUGGGGUCAGCCUCAGCCAGGAUUCAGGAUACCCUGGGAAUGGUGCUACAGUAUGCAGAGGAUGUAUUGUCUGGCAAAGUGGCCGCUGACAACACCGUUGGGCGUUUCCUGAUGGAUCUUAUUAACCAGGUGCCAAAGAUUUCACCAGAGGACUUUGAGACAAUGCUGAACAGCAAUAUUAAUGACCUUCUGAUGGUAACCUACUUGGCAAACCUCACACAGUCACAGAUAGCUCUCAAUGAAAAACUUCUGAGUUUAUAAAGAAACUUCUGCCACCCUACACUUCAAAGAGCUUCACGAGUGAGCAGAUACACACUUUCGUGGUGGUGUUACAAAUUCCCUUGGACCUUAACUUAAUUACCUAAACAACUUGGUUUACGUCUUCAUUUCUGCUUCCCUGGAAAAUCCCUGACAUGGUUUAGGAAAUUAAUAGGAACUCCUGCAGUUUGGAUGAGCCCAGUAUUUUAAAAUGGAAUAAGUGAAUCUUUUGUCUUCUGGGUUUAUCUACUUGUGUAACAAAAUACAGCUUUAAUGUAAGAAAUUAUUUGAAAUAAAAGUCCAAUUGCAUUGGCAAGAAUA